ACUGAAGCAGUCAACCCAAUGGGCUCAAGGAGAUUAGUGCAGGGAAGGAGGGUCGCUGGGGCAGAAGGGGAUUUUGGGUCCGAACACAAAGGCAGUAGAGGAGGAGUCACGGGGAAGGGAAAGGGAGCGAAGAAGGGUAGUGGGGGGGGUUGAUGAAUCAGCUCUCUUUUGUUGUGCAAAUGGUACUAGCGACUGUUUCGGCCCAAGAGGCUUGUGAUUGGUGGGCUGGUUUAAAUUGUAAGGUGCAUUUCAGGCGGAUGGCUGUUGCUGCCAGACUUUGAACUGUCACUGGGGGCGGAGUGGGAGGGAAACCAUGGCUGAGAAAGACAACAUGGGGAAGGCAGAGCACACUUUUUGAAGCUGGAGUUUACAAAGAAACAUUUAUGUUCCUGAAGAUGUUCACAUGUGUUUGUGUAAUAUGUGGCAGCAUCUUUUGUUUAAACUUAUUGAGUGCAAUUAUUGAUCAUUAUUUGAAUGUUACAUAAGGGCAUUGAUGUUUUGCAUGGUCACCUGCCAUACUGUAUAAUUAUAUAGCUCACCAUUUCUCCAAAUGUAAUCUUAAAGUUAAUGAACCUAAAGGAGCAGAUGAAGAUUAUUAAAAGCAAAUCUGAAAACAGUUUGAACUUUGAAAGAGGAUUUAGGACAACUUGCUUCCUCGUCAUUUCCGAAUACUACUGUGGAAAAUGAUGACUGUUAGAAUUAUCAACAAAAUAAAUACAAUGACAAAUAGUAUAGUGUCAUCAACAUUUCAUUUAAUUAAAAGAAAGAAUCAUUGUCACACUGGUAGGGUAAUAUAAAUAUCAGAUUAUCUUUAUGUCUCAUAAAGAAUUUAAUCAUGCUGUUUUCUCUUUUUGUUCCUUGUGUUGAAUGGAAGAUCUGAAUGAAUGACUAAUCCAUCUCUCUUGUCUUCGUUUUAAAUGUAGUCCACUCCAAAAUUCCAGUCCACGUUUUUCCAAAAAUCCACUGGUCCCACACUAGUCUUUUGAAAGGACACAGUGCUUGAUGUAGUGGAGGGUACUUGCCCACGCUAGUGAAGUUGUUGGGAGAUUUUCUCUGGAAACCACACUGCUGGGACUAACUCUGACUUAUGUUACGCCUGUGUCCUGUGCCAUGGAUGUCAAGAGCCUGAUGGAGUACUGUUCUGGAGAAAGUGGCAAGAUUUUGUGAAGAAGCUGACAACGUGGUUUCAGAAUCUGAAACUGAAGUCAUCCAAUUCUUCAUCCCCCUGUGUCCCUGCGGCUCUUACCAUGAGCUCCAGGGUGGCGAACAGGAAAGGAGAUCCUCAGUACCGCCGGCACUUCCUGACAGACAACAGCACCUUUCAUGUGGAGCGAUGCAUGAGUGUGAUGCAGUCGGGGACCCAGAUGGUGAAGCUCAAGGCAGGAUCCAAAGGGCUGGUGAGACUUUUCUACCUGGAUGAUCAUCGCUCCUGCAUUCGCUGGAGGCCCUCACGCAAGAGUGAGAAGGCCAAGAUCACCAUUGACUCGCUUUACAAAGUGACUGAGGGCGGUCAAUCGGACAUUUUCCACCGUCAUGCAGACAGCAGCCUUGACCCAGCCUGCUGUUUCACGGUGUAUCAUGGAAACCACAUGGAGUCCCUUGAUCUGGUGACCACAAAUGCAGAAGAAGCCAGGACCUGGAUAACUGGCCUCCGUUACCUGAUGGCUGGGAUCAGUGAUGAGGACUCGCUGGCCAAACGGCAGCGCACACACGACCAGUGGCUAAAACAGACAUUUGAGGAGGCUGAUAAGAACGGAGACGGUUUCCUGAACAUUGAAGAGAUAUACCAACUUCUCCAUAAGCUGAAUGUCAAUCUGCCACGGAGGAAGGUCAAACAAAUGUUCCAGGAAGCAGACACGGACGAUCAGCAGGGCACGCUGACCUACGAAGAGUUCUCUGUCUUCUACAAGAUGAUGUCUCUGAGACGGGACCUGUUCCUGCUGAUGAUGGCGUACAGUGACAGGAAGGAUCAUCUUACAGCCGAGGAGCUGGCCAACUUACUACGCAAUGAGCAGAAGAUGACCAAUGUGACUCCAGAGUAUGUUGCAGAAAUCAUUGACAAGUUUGAGAUGUCCGAUGAGAACAAACAAAUUGGUGUCAUGGGGAUUGAAGGUUUUACAAGUUUCAUGCGCAGUCCAACGUGUGACAUUUUCAACCCUUUGCACCACGAGGUGAACCAGGACAUGGAUCAGCCUCUGUGUAACUAUUUCAUCGCCUCCUCUCAUAACACAUACCUGACUGGAGACCAGCUCCUCUCCCACUCCAAGACUGACAUGUAUGCCUGGGUGCUGCAGUCCGGCUGCCGCUGCGUAGAAGUGGAUUGUUGGGACGGACCUGAUGGAGAGCCGAUGGUCCAACACGGAUAUACUCUGACCUCCAAGAUACCGUUCAAGUCUGUCAUAGCGACCAUCAAUAAAUAUGCCUUUGUUAAUAACCAGUUCCCAGUAAUUCUGUCCAUAGAAAACCACUGUAGCAUCCAGCAGCAGAAGAAGAUCGCUCAGUACCUGCGAGAAAUCUUUGGAGACAAACUGGACGUGAGAGAUGCACUGAGCAGGGACUCAAAAACAUUACCCAGUCCUCAGAGGCUGCAGGGCAAGAUCCUCAUCAAAGGGAAAAGUCUCCCUGCCUAUCUGUCUGCGGAUGCAGAGGAAGGAGAAGUAUCUGAUGAUGACAGCGCUGAUGAAAUUGAGGACGACUUCAAGCUCAAGAGUAGUAAUGGAAACGGUAAUCACAAGGUAGAGUCCGACAUCAGAAAGAAACUGGACUCUCUAUUGAAAGAAUCUCGAAUCGGAGACAAGGAAGACACAGACAGUUUCAGCAUCCGUGCUCUGCUCCGAGCUACGCAUCAGGGCCUUCAGAAGAACCUGCGGCAGGGGUCCAAAGGAGUUCUGAAGAAAUCUCAAAGCAGAUCCUUACUCACGACGCUCAAACAGAAGAGACACUCCAAAUCCAGGCUGUCAUGCCAAAGCGUGGACAAAGAGGAUGAUGUUCAGGAGACUGGAAACAGGAGGGAGGCCGGAGGACAGUUCAACAGGGGUGGAAGGAAGAGGAAGACGAUGAAACUGAGUAGAGAUCUGUCAAACCUGGUGGUGUUCACCAACUCUGUUGCCUCACAGGAGUGCCUAAAUGAAGGUACUCCAGGUGACGUUCUGUCCUUCAGCGAGACCAGAGCGCAAUCUCUGGUCAAUCACAGAGCCGAACAGUUCCUGGCUUUUAACCAGAGGCAGCUGUCAAGGAUUUAUCCCUCAGCCUAUCGCAUCGACUCGUCCAAUUUCAACCCCCAGUUCUACUGGAACGUGGGCUGUCAGUUGGUCGCUCUUAACUACCAGACGGAGGGGAGGAUGAUGCAGCUCAACAGAUCCAAGUUCAUGGUUAAUGGAGGAAUUGGCUACGUUCUCAAGCCUCCUCCCAUGUGUAAAGGCUCCUUCAACCCAUUCAGUGAUGACCCGCUCCCAGCCUACCCCAAGAAGCAACUCAUCCUCAAGAUCAUUAGUGGACAGCAGUUGCCUAAACCACCAGACUCCAUGCUGGGUGACCGUGGAGAGAUUAUUGAUCCAUUCGUCGAAGUAGAGAUCAUCGGACUGCCCAUCGAUUGCUGCAAGGAACAAACACGAGUGGUUGAUGAUAACGGUUUUAAUCCAGUAUGGGAGGAGACUCUGUCCUUUACCCUUCACAUGGCUGAGGUAGUUUUGGUGCGUUUCCUUGUAUGGGACCAUGACCCAAUUGGACGGGACUUUAUUGGACAGCGGACGGUUGCUUUCAGCAGCCUGAUGCCUGGUUACAGACAUGUUUACUUGGAGGGGCUGACUGAGGCUUCCAUCUUUGUGCAUGUGUCAGUGCAUGAUGUCUAUGGAAAGUGGAGCCCUCUAGUCCUGAACCCCAGCUUUACCAUAAUGCACUUUCUAGGAUCUAACAAGGGUCAUCAGCUGCGAGGUAUCCGAGGUUUGUUUAGCCGAUCAUCAAAGUCCUCAGUGGAUACAAACUCAGGUGGCCUUCGGAAACGCUCCAUCAGUGAUCACCUUCUGCGACGCACAGCAAGUGCCCCAGCAAAGGGACGGAAGAAGACAAAAAUGGGGCUGUCAGAGUCAGAGGCUUCAAUUUCAGACCAAAGGAACUGCACGGAAGCAGAAGCAAGAGCAGAGGGCAUGUCAGGGAAGGAAGGAGUUGUGGAGAAGCGUUUCCAGCCACGAGUCCCCCUCACCCACAGACCUAUCUCCAUGCCCUUAGACAGGCUUAUGCAAGGGCAAUUAUCCAUCUGCUCUCCAGACAAGGAACUGCAUGAUAUUGGCUCAGACUCAGGCAUUGGAGUUUGCCCCUUCAACAGGCCCAGGUCUUCCUCUUUGGAGCCUUUCUUCGAAUCGUCAUUCUCUAUUCAAACAAACAUCUCUUCCCCUUCUAAGACAUACAUCAAAAGAAAUAAAGAAUUUGACCAAUCAGAGGAGGCUUCUUAUCUGGUUGGAAGAGAAGGGAGUAAGGAAGAGGAAUAUGCCAAUUACCAGUCCAAAGACAGUGGAGUUAACAAAGCGAACAACAUCUCAAUGAGAGAAGAGAGAAAGUGUUGCGUCUCACCUUCCUGGAACAGCCCAUUGAAAUCAGAUAAACAAGAAACAUCAUCAAAUAGCGCAACAGUCACAUCUGCUCCUUUGAUCUCUGCAUCCUUUUCCUCUAACCCCUCCUCUUUGCGCCCUCUUUCUCCUAUCAGUGGGGACUGCAAUCUGAAGAGUCCCAGCUCUUUGCAUGACAGCGCCAUCUCCAGACUCAUUGAUGCUGUGUCCUUGGACAAUGAGCAAGACACAUGUGGCUCUAUUUCUGCUCUGAUUGGUCAAUUUGAAAGCACUGUUGCACAGAAUGAUUCACACACAUCAUCUCAUGAUCAUACCCCUCUCCGUCAUUCAAACAUCAGGCCUACCACUCCUAAAGAGCUGCGAGAUUUAAGGACUCCUCUGAAUACAAGUACUGCAACUUCUUACAGGAAACACCUAACAAGUCCCCAAAAAGUAGCUCAAAAAACGAAUCAUGAAAUCCAUUCACCACGUAAGAUUUCCCAGGCAGAUGCACUUGCUCAAGCUGUCCUGUCCAGCCCAGAAACUGCAGAGCUAGAGGAUGUCUACACCAUUCUGGAUGAGGAAGUGCUGUUGCCUGUAUCGGUGUACAACCUUCGCAAACAGACGGUCCAUGUUCAGGCAGACGCUGGGGAGAGCACAUCCUCAAACAGCUUGGGGUCCUCUCCAGCAAAGUUUGUCCAAGGUUCAAAGAAAGGGCACAAUGUGAGCUGGGAGGAUAUGAACAGAAAACGAGCUGGCAAUGAAAAAAUUGAGGAGGCAGAGGAAAGUGUAUACGAGGAAGUGUAUGAUCCCCCAGCACUAGCAUUAGUACCAGAGAUAGAGCAGGGUAUUUCUAAAAGGUACAAUAGCUCCUCAGUAAACAACAACCAAUUCCAGUUCCUCCAUGACUCAGCUGGGAUUGCUUUUGCAGAAGUAGAGAUAAAUGUCGAUGAGGAUCCAUUGGACAUUAUGACUUCGCCAAGAAAUGGUAGCCAACUGGAGGGACUACUAAGUCCAACCAAAAGACAGGCUAUUUACGAAAACCAUGAGUCCACUCCCAACUACUACCAACAAAGGCAGCCUUCGUCACACUGCUAUCCUCAACAGCAGUACCCCUCGCAAGCAUUUUCACAGUGUCCCUCCCCAAUUAAUCAAGCUUCCUAUCAGCUGCCCAACCACCAGAACAACUCCCAGCUUCACAGACCAUACAAGUGCAGAGCCUCCAAUCCUAGUCCGCUGCGUCAGAACAUCUUCCCGGUAUCUCAAAACAAUUCUGAUGCCUUUAACAACAGCAGAGACUUCAGCAGUUCCUCCAAACAACGGAUGAGCUAUAGUGGCAGCCAGAUACCAAACCGGCCUCAUCAAGAUUGGCAAAGGUAUAAACAGAUGGAGAUGGAGCAAGUAAGGCAUACUGGUUUCUUUUCUUCUGAAUGUCUCCCUGGCCAAUCUGUCUUGUCUACAAACAUCAGUAGAGACAGAGGCCUAUAUCUCCCUUCUUCAGACUGCGAUGCAGUGUACAGCCAUCUGGACUAUGACUGCAUUACCCCCUCCUCAGAGUCUUCUCAAAACACCCAGCCACACUGCCAAAGUCUAACACAAUCAUACACACCAACUCAUUCGGUGAGCCAUAAGGUCUCGCCUGCUACUACAAAGCAUCAGUCACAGCCUGAAUCCAGGCAAUCUCUUCAUUUAAAUGUAUGCCCUUUAUCAACUCGACCGCAGUCUGGUACAAUAGACCCCAAAGCCCCCAGCCCAUGCAAGUCCAAGUCCCUUGGAGACCUGACCUCUGAAGACAUAUCUUGCAACUUCCAGAGCAAAUACCACAUAAUUAGCCGUAGUUUUAUCACUCCCCAUAUGAGGAAGCAAAAGAGGAUUGGCGCCAUGGGAGAGGGAACUUUCCAAUCACAGUCUUGUGAUCCACUUACAGAACAGCUCCGUAAGUUGGUCAGUUUAGAAGUGGAUGACAGUGACAGAGAUAGACCCCGGCCUCCUCAGUUGUGUCAGGCAGCAAACACCCCACUGUCACAGCCACAGGCAACCAGUGUAGCUCCUGUUGUUCCUAGGGAUAUAGAUGAUUCACCUCCACCACUUACCCGGCGCCUAUCUUCACGGAGCCAAAGCAGAGUGCGUCACAUCAAUAGUCGGGCUCGCGAAAGACAGCAAGAGGCUCUAAAGCCAAGGGCAGAUGUGAUGAUCAAUAGUACCUCCAGCAUUGGUGGAGUGGUAUUGAGGAAUAAACCAGCCUCACAGAAUCCACCAGCUAACAGACACUCCACUGGUUCUUAUAUAGCAGGCUACCUUGGUCAUUUGGAGGACAGGGGACUUCCUGAAGGAGCCUGUACCUCAUUACGUUAUGGAAACGGGGAUCAUUAUGGAGAUCGGUACUAUACAGAUGACUCACUUCCACCUGGUGAUGCAAAUCACUCUGCGUCAGAGCCGGAGGUGUACUUUCUGCUUAGACUGUAACUCUGACCAUGACCUUAAAUUAGGUUAACAAUCAAACAAUGAUUCUUGAUAAUUUUCAAUUACACCAAAUGCCAGAAGAUCAAGGAAAUAAAUACAUCCCGUUGUUUGUUCUAAAGUUCACAGACCAGUAGGUCUUCAUUAUAACUGUCAAAUAAAUCUUAACCUGGGCUUUUUCUAGAGAAAGAUACAGUCUGUUCAAUGUAAGUGAGACCUCACAUGUAUUCCAGGGUUGGAUCUGACAGCAUGAAUUUCCUGUAUGAAAUGUCCACUAUUCAAUAGUGAAUGGUCUUUCUAGUCUGGCAGUGUAUUGUUUAUAUUCUGCUUGAUGUGUAUGUACUUGGGGACUUUAACUUCCUUCCAAAUGGCUUCCUAGACUGAUUGUGCAGAUAUGUGUUCUCUUAGUCCCUGUGAUGUACUGUCAAAAAUGUGUAAAUUGACUAUGAAGCAAAGAAAAGAGAGGGAAUGUCUUUCUAUGUAUUAUGUGAAUGUGUUGUAUAAUCCAACAGCUACUUUUAAUAGAUGGGGUUCCUCCUUUCAAAGAUAAAAUGUAAGUCUUCCUUCUCUUUUUAGUGGUAUUCCUUUAAUUGUGUACUGUGUUAACAUUUCUGUCAUUGUUUUUAAUCUGAGAUCGGUUUUUGUUGAGAACAAACUCUAACUGUACAUUUAUGUUUGUGCAUGUCACCUGUGAACAUGUCAAGCAUGACUAUGCACAAAUUUAUACAAUAGAUGUUGCAUCGCCCAACAUUUGCACAGAGAAAGAGUUGGAUAAACGGAGGACAUCGGCGUGUUUGUAUUAGUUGCAAUUACAUAAACUUCCAUGCUUGGACUUGGUGUUUUCCAUGAUUUCUAAAAUAUGAAAGAAAUAGGAUUAACAUUUGAAGUUGAAGUUUUUAUUUUAUUUUAUAGUUGCUUUGAUACAGACUGCAAAAAUAAGCCCUUGUUGGAAAUAGUUGUUGAAUUUUAUCAGAACUUAAAGAAAACAGACACUACAGUAAAGCGUGGAGGUGAGGAUUUUUUAAAAAUUGUUUCAGUGUUACGCCAUCCUUUUCUCUUUGUAAUUUUGCUCAUCGGAGGAC